AUGUUAUUAAAAAAUUUUAGACCUUUAAAUGCGGCUGUAGCAUCUUUGCCACAUUUUUUAGCUUCUCUCAUCUUUAACAAUUCAUCAACAUCUUACUUCACUCAUUUUAGUCCAUUCGCAGUUGACGUUCAGUGCCAUCCGCUACAGUUUUACCAUCCACCGUGCACUUCACCUUUGUCAUCAGUAUCGUCGUGGAUGCGGAUGCAAAAUAUGGCUCAGCUUCAUCAUCAUCAUAAAUGUCAUUGUGAUCACUUCCAGACGCAUCUUCCUAACGAUUAA